ACGACGUUCUGUUUUUUAUUUCUGUUUUAGAUAAGCAGUGUUUAAAUACCUUUAACAAAUACUUUACAAUUAUGCGUUUUAAUUCACACUCCACAAAAGAAAAACGUAUCCUCUCUCGUCUUCAGGCUUCACAAUUUCUUUAUCAGGACAAAAUCUAAAAUUUCCUAAACUUUGAGUUCCGUUCAAUAUAAUAAUGAAGAAAAUUUAAAAGCUCCAAGAGAAAGGUGUUUUGCUAAAGUUCUCAGGGAGUGCUAAAGGCUAGAAAGUGGAAAAGCUUUUGAGGCCUUUAUAGCGAAAACUUUACCAUUAUAACAAUUAAUUACUAGUGGAAGUCUCAAUCGCUUCUUUUUAGUUCUUAACUCUAGCCGAAAGAAAAAGCACUGCUGCAACAUGUGACAUCAAGGUCAUUCCCAGGGCUUUUUACUUUUGUCACACUGGAAGAAAAAAACUUCAGGAAUGAUUACAAUAAGCGGUGUAAGGUGAGAAAAAGAAAAGCGUGAAAAGAUAAAAUAAAAAAGCCAGACAUUUGAUUAGACAAUUAAUGUCGGUCUUUUAAAUAGAAUAUGGAAAAGUGCUGUAAUGAAAAAAGCAUUGAGGUGAAUGUAAAAAAACCCUUUAUUUUAUGCCAUUGAGUUCUUUAUGAGAAAUAUAUUUUAUCUGGAAAACAGUUCCGUCAAAAUAAAAUUUAUACUUUUAUGAUUGGCACCUUAGAUUAAAAUACUAGGCCACCAAAGAAACAGGUUACAGAACAAGAAGAACAACAGAGAGAAUCGCAUGAUGAAGUGUUUUUAGACGAAAAUAUGGCAAGGUGUGGGUUCACCACUAUCAUUAUCAACUUCUUCUUUCUUCAUCUAGGUCACAUGUAUCCAGAGAAUGGAUUGCAUCUUCAUAUCCCAAAAAGUAAUUUACAUGUUCCAAAACAGAAAUGGAUACUUCUGCAACAAUGGGAGAAAACUGCUGAAGAUAAGGGAUUUUUCUUACAGGGUUUCAAAAAUUUUGUUGAGUCAAAACUUGUUGUAUCAAAAUCUGGACUAUAUUAUAUUGCACUGCAUUUGCAUUUUGAUAAACUAACAUCUGGAGAUCAUAUAAUAAAUAUCACAUCAGAAGCAAGCAGUCAUGUAUCUAAAACUUCCAACAGAAACAGUAUACAAGGGAUUCAUUUUAAUGACGUCAUUAAAUUUAACAAAGAUGAUAGAAUUUCAGUAUAUGUCUUUUCUUCAAGUUCCCUGAGAUUAACACAAAAGUCCAGAUUUAUAUUGCAAUUUGUAAGUCAUUAUGAACAGUCUAUUGGUUUUGUGGCACAGCCAAGUACACGCAGGACAUUGAAACACAACAGGAAACGUCAAUUAACUGAAUGGAAACUUAAUUUUGGAAUUGUUAAUGGGUUUUCCUCUUCAACUGGAACUUAUAUCAUUUUAAUGGAUGGUUAUUAUCUUGUAACUUUUAAGUUUGUGUUAUUAGAUAUCUCAGGGCGCGUUAUUGUCAUCAUUUCCGCUGAUGAAAGAGAACUGUUUCGAAAAGAAGAACAGUAUAAAGGUUAUAACAAAUGGAAAACCAUCACACACACUGGUGUGCAUAAAUUUUCUUCCAAAUCAAAAAUCACUUUGAGUUUAGUAACAAACUGGGAAAAUGGGUUUAUCUCAGAUAAAUCAUCAUAUUCAAUUUUAUUUUUGUCAACAUCUGAUCCAAAUUCUAACACAACUAUGAUCCAUGAGCUGAAAGAUAAAAUUAAAUAUCUUGGUGGGAAGGCAUCAAAAAUAACAGAUUGGGAUGGAACAAAAAAUAAUUUUUAUCAAGAUGGAUACCACUUAAAGAAGACUGGAUACUACUUUGUGAUCUUAUCAGUCGUGAUUACACACAGACCAUUCGAUAAAAUCCGUGUGUAUUUCAGUAUUGAUGAUGAUAAUAAAUUUGAGGAAUCGGUUGUUUCUGGAAACUCUUUUUCUCAACUUUCCAUCAGUGGAGUUUUUUUCCUGAAAGAAAAAGAAAGCAUCUAUUGCUAUAUUGAACCAGAUCAUGAUAUUGUGCUUUUGCCAAGCAGUACUUUGAUUGUUUAUGAAUUAAAGUUUUACACGUCAUCACUUUUUUCUAUAAGUUACAUUCCAUCACUUCAGCAAAUUUCCAAUUCAUCAAUAAUACCACAAACGCAGAGUGAAUUUUUUUCUAUUGGAAAAAAAACAGGGAUAGACUUCAAUGUGAAUCAGUUAAUUGGCAGUAAACAUCAGUUGCAAAUUGUAACAGCAGGAGUGUAUUAUGUUGUUUUAAAUGUAUUUAUUGAAGAAUCAAUUCAGGACACUAACCAAAUUAAUUUAAUGUAUAAGAAUAUGACUGGGAGCUGGAGGAUUAUCUCUUCAUGUCAUUCGAAACGUUAUGCAAAUUGCUUUUUGUCAUUUUUUGUAAAGCUCAAAAAGGAUGACCAACUGAGCAUAACUAAGCAGGGUGAUAGCAAUGUAAUUCUGUCCAAGUCUUCUUCCUUUGAAAUUUGCUAUAUCAAACCUGUGAAAGAUAUUUUGGGCUUUUCCCAAAGCCUAAAAACUGAUAUCGUACCAUCAACAAAUAAAAAGAAAUUAACUGCAGUUAGUGAUUUUCCAGACAAUCUAGGACCGUUUUUUCACAAAGAUUUAGUUACACAAAAUGAAAUUAUAAAAAUAGAAAAAGAAGGCAUCUAUUUAGUUUCAUGUAAUGUUAUUGUUAAUAUAGAAAACGUUAGGAAAAAUACUUUGAUCACUCUAAGUAUAAAGAAGGUUAAAAGCUCUAAAAAGGGAAUUUUUCAAUACACCGCAAAUGUUGAAGGCAAAUCGACUUUAAAUUUACCAUUCUUUGCUGCUGAGUCUCUUGAUGUAAAUGACGACUUACAAAUAUCGGUUACUUUAAAAGACAAGGCAGCUCGCUGGAGCAUUGACAGAAAAUCAGUAAUAUCAGCAGUUUUGUUUACUGAAAAUAAAAAUCAUUUCUUGCUAGUGGAUUAUUCAUCCUUUGGCACCUUACCUCAUGGUGAAAUUUGGAAUUCAAAACCAACAUUUUUGCAAGAUGACAAUGAUUUUUUUGGGUAUUAUUAUGACAUAAAAGCAGAAAAAACAUUCACAGCUUUAAUUAGUGUAUCAGUCCAUGGUCAAAUACAUGGGUACACAUUAAAUCCUUUUGUUGAAUUAAGUUUGUUACUUAAAUACAAGCAAGUGUGGCCACAUUUGGUGUCAACAACUCAGGAUAUAUCAUCUCAAGGUUCAGUAUUUUUGCGAGUUACAGGUGUUGUUGUACUUCAUCCUACUGACAUUAUUAAAGUUUUUGUGAAUGUAUCCAAAGGUCUUGAAUUUAAACCUUUGCGUGGCACAACAAUUUCAUUACUUGUUUUGGAAGAUGGGGUGGAUCAUAUACUAAACUGGAACUACUUUCUAAGUAAAAAUGUAUUUUCUUCAGAAAUGAAAACACCUACAAACACAGGUCCUACAGAAGAGCCAGGAUUGUAUAUGAUCUAUUUUACAGUAUCGAAUAUAGAAGAAAGUUUUAGGAGAAAAAGGAGUUUUUUAAGUCAAAACGAAACAUUGGAAAAAAAAUUGAGCAAUAAAGUUAAUCAAAUUUGGAAAUCUGACAAUUUAAAUAAGCUUACUAUUUACCUGUACCCAUUUAAUAAAACUCUUUUUAACUUAACAUGUUUAUAUUGUGAGUUUGGUUUUGCGAUGAUAUCUGCUCUACCAAAGAAUUCAAAGCUUGUGAUUGACAACAAUGAUUAUGCCAUAUCAAGUAGUUUUAAAUUGUUAGGCCAAGAAAAAGAAGAUACUUUACAGAUUAAUCGGGAGCAAGAUAUAUCCAUUUGUGAUUCACACCAAAAAGUGGAUGUUAUACGUAACUGGUAUUUGAAGGGAAAAUUGAAAGAAAAUGUGUUUUAUCAAGCUGAAAAAUAUGAAAUAAUUUAUUUGACAAUUAGUGUCUUCACUGAGCAAUCUCAUGAAAACGGGAGUGUUGUGUUGGCAGUAGAUGGUCAGCCAUAUGGAGGUAUGGAGCUCACUAAAACACAAUAUUCAAUUUAUGGUUAUCAUUAUGAGUUAAAUGCAAGAAUGUUUUUAAGAAAAGAUCAAACACUUCAAGUAAUGUUUAUGUGUGCUAACUUGACAUAUGAGGUGGAAAAGAACAGCAAAAUCACUAUCUUCAAAAAAGACAUGCUGCAUCAAAAGGUGGAUCAGAAAUUUGUAACGUUUGAAGUUCAACCUCAACCAAAAUUGAUCACAACAUCGUAUGAGUUUAACUACACCUGCUCCACUGGUGAAGAUGAUGCAGAUGUGAUGUAUACAUGGAACAAAAUUGAUUUUUUUACUGGUGCACUUCAUGAGAACAUAUCAGUUGCAAAACAUAUAUCUUUACAUGGACUGCCUGAGGAAUCUGGCCAUUACUAUUGCACUGUGUAUUAUGAUGGACUGGAAUCACAAUCUGAUACGGCAACACUGCAUAUACAAGAUGACGACGAAUGUGAAAUGAUGCUGGAUGUUAACAGUACCAUCCCAAGCUGUCACGAAAAUGCAAAUUGCACAAAUACUAUUGGUUCAUAUUAUUGUGAAUGUUGGGAUGGUUUCCGUGGUGACGGAUACAAUUGUAUUGACAUCAAUGAAUGCGUGGAAAACAACACGUGUGGAAAUAACUCGAUUUGUGACAAUAACUUGGGAAGUUUUGUAUGCACGUGUGAGACGGGUUAUCGAGGCUCGAGUGAUGGUCGAAACUGUACAGAUAUAAAUGAAUGCAUGGAAUAUGGUGCUGAUCAUUGUGAGGAUUUAAUGAGCAGCAAUCACACGAUGUGUAAGAACAGUCCUGGAUCUUAUGAAUGUACUUGUACUGUUGGGUAUAUCAAGAAGUAUGGAAAGUGCAUAGAUGACAACGAGUGUGAAAGUGACCCACAAGAUUAUCCAUGCCAUAGCCACGCUGGAUGCUACAAUACCGAAGGUUCGUUCACAUGUGAAUGCGACCGAGGCUGGAACGGGAAUGGCACAUACUGUGAAGACAUAGACGAGUGCGAAGAAGGUCUAUUCAGCUGUGCCGAGAAUGCAUCGUGCGUCAACUUGCCAGGAUCAUAUCGAUGUAUCUGUGAUCGUGGGUAUAAGGGAGAUGGUGCUGAAAAAUGCACGUCACUUGGUUGUUUUCCGCCGCCAUUUUGUACCGGUCAAUACGUAGCGUCGUGGUGGUCUAGAACACCGUAUCUUGAACGCGGAGUAGUUGCUGACACAGCAGAAGGUCUUUUUCGGGACAUCCUAAUGUUAAUGAUAAUUGAUAUAUGCAACAACUGUUCUGAAAUAAGAUUUGCGCCUCCAUUGAAUAGCUCAAUGCAGCUUGAAGUACGCGUUGAAGAGAAUAACACAGACUUUGCUUGCCCCCUGUACGGAUCGAAAGAACAAGAAAAGUUCCGAGGCUUUCCAUUCAUACCGAUAGUUGAAUCUCCUGGUGUUGCUUUCUUCGUGAAAGAAGAAAGGAGAAAAGACAAUCCGCUUCUCGGUUCACUGGCUGGCUCAUGGCCCAUUCUUGUUGUCACCUUACUGUUAGCUUCGCUAUCUGGUGUUAUCAUAUGGUUCCUGGACACCGUACAUAACCCAAAGGAAUUUCCACACUCCUUUCUUGCAGGGUCCUGGGAAGGAUUUUGGUGGGCUUUCAUCACUAUGACGACCGUGGGGUACGGUGACAAAGCCCCUCGUUCAUUCUUUGCUCGCGUAUUUGGGAUUGUUUGGAUUUUGGUUGGUCUCGUCAUUAUCUCGACUUUCACUGCUACCAUUACUACCGUAUUAACUGCUACAAGUUUGGCGAACGAAGCAAAGUUGUACGGAACCAAAGUUGGUGCGUUGUCGAAUAGCGAAGAGUUUCGGCUAGGUGUAAAACGAAAUGCUGACGUCAGAGGCUACAGCACCGUGCCAGAUAUCAUAGAGGCUCUCCACCGCGGAGAAAUUCAAGGAGCUUUACUUGACACGUAUAUUGCAGGUGAAUUUCAAGACGAUCUAGAGGACUACAAACUUCAAGAAAUAUUAGAACAUGUUUUUGUUUAUGGUGUUGUUUUGUCACGUGACGCAGAAGAGUUGGAACAUCAUUUUCGCAGUUACUUAGAACGAAAGCAAAGUCGCAUUUAUAAUACCAUAUCACAAGUCGUGAAGCCUCUCAAAGAAAACAAAGCUUCCCUCGCUUCUGGCGGUAGCUCUUCCUCACUGUUCGAUGCCGAUUCAGAAUUUUUCUUGCGAAUGCUUGCAGGAGGUGGGGUUGUGUUAAGCUGUUUACUCGUCAUUGGCUUUUUAUGGGAGUGUUUCUACUGGAGAAGAAAAAAAAGAUUGAAAGAAAAAUUCAAAUUAAAAGAAGUUCAUUCCAACGGGCAUGCCACAAGCAAAAUCAAUCGAUGGAAUACAAGUGAUAUUAUUGAAUAUCAAAGAAAAGCGUUCAAAUACGAAGUAUCAGAGUUAAAAGAACAAAUCAGCAAAUUUUCGGACGUCUGGGUCGAUCGUUUAGACGAAAUUGAACGAACGCAUGAGGAACAGUUGACGCGGGUGGAAAGAUGGCUAGCUAAGUCGCCGAUGAACGCAAGCGCUCAAUACGAAUCUAAGUCAAGUAACGGACGGAUGGCUGCUUUGUUUGGUAACUAUGACAACCACGAUAUGUGACGUCAGGCAAAAUAAUAAUAAUAAUUGCCUCAGAAGACUUCUUUGUAAUUAUUUGUAUAUUCAAUUGUUAUAGUAAUAAAUUAUUUUGUUUGCUUUAAA